UUGUAUGUUGCAAUUGGGCGACGUGGAGGUCAACUAACACCCAAAGCACCUUCAGCGGUGAAAACUAUAGCCAUUUGGAAGCAAUGGAAGUGGUCAUUGCUUGCUUUUAGGUCAUACGAGACGUGUUGGACCAUCUUCAAGCUUAAGAUAUCGAAGUGACACGUGGUGAUGUUCUGCGACUGUGGGCCUCUUCCGAAGUGUUAGUGGAUGAAUAGAAAUAGUAUGAAAUAGAUCUAUAUAGAGGAAGUACUUUCAUUGGGGUUGCAAGUCCUAGCAAGAAAUCAGACUAGAUCCUUUACUUUAAUGCUCCAAUGGGUACUGAUCAUGAGGCUAAAGAAGCCUUGCUUUCAGAAGCGCCAGAUCCUUUUCAAGGCAGUGAAAAGACCACUCUUCAGAGAAGAAGAAACCGCCAAUCAAUCACUUCUUCUACUAACCGCCAAGAGCAAAAUGGAAAUCGUGAAUAUUAUGACACACCAGAUAUGGCUGCAAAACAACAGUUUAGUCUAAACCAAGUCAUGAUCUUGCUGGCCAUCUACCUCGGCGGAGGAACCCUUUGUUUCUACCUCGUCAGGAAUCAAAUCAGCGGUCGAAAAACAAAUGGAAUCCUCGACGCCGUGUACUUCUGCGUCGUGACAAUGACCACCGUCGGAUACGGUGACCUUGUGCCUAAUACCGUGUUGGCAAAAUUACUAGCAUGCGCUUAUGUCUUCACAGGCUUGGCUCUUGGUGGACUAAUUCUUGGUAAAGCAGCUGAUUACAUAGUAGAAAAGCAGGAACUUCUCUUGGUUAGAGCCAUGCACAUUAUGCGCGAAAAUGACGUCUGUCCAACUGAGCUUCUUAAAGAGGUCGAAACACACAAAGUGAAGUACAAAUUCGGUACAUCAGCGGUUAUUCUUUUUGUGCUUGUCAUUGUGGGAACUGUCUUCUUAUGUUCAGUUGAAGAUCUUCAAGUAAUGGAUGCCUUUUACUGCGUUUGUUCCACUAUUACCACUCUGGGGUAUGGGGAUGAGAGCUUCUCAACUGGGGUUGGUCGAAUUUUUGCUGUUUUCUGGAUAUUGGGGAGUACAAUUUGCUUGGCUCAGUUAUUUCUCUACCUUGCUGAAUUGUACACUGAGAGCAGGCAAAGAUCACUGGUGAAAUGGAUUCUUACUAGGAAGCUGACAAGCUCAGAUCUUGAGGCUGCAGAUCUUGAUCAUGACAAAGUUGUAAGUGCUGCAGAGUUUGUCCUGUACAAGCUAAAGGAGAUGGACAAAAUCAGCCAGGAAGAUAUAUCAGUUCUGAUGGAAAGUUUUAAAGAACUUGAUGUUGAUCAUUCAGGGACUUUGACAUCAUCUGAUCUUAUAUCUUCCCAAUCUGCCUGACCUCCAACUGAGCAUA